AUGGCUCCAACUGAGUUGAAGGAACUAAAGGAGCAGUUGCAAGAGUGGUUAGAUAAGUGGUUCAUCAGGCCUAGUGUAUCACCUUGGGGUGCACCACUUUUGGAUGCCAAUGUUUUUGCAAAGAUUAAAUUGAGAUCGAGUUAUCACUGGUUGAAGAUUCGGUCUUCUGACAUACGUAAGACGGAUUUAGGGACUCGUUAUGGGCAUUAUGAUAUUUUGGUGAUGUCUUUUGGUUUGACCGAUGCCCCAAUAGCUUUCAUGCAUUUUAUUAACAGUGUAUUCCAAUCUUAUUUGGAUUCUUUUGUCAUUGUGUUCAUUGUUGAUAUCUUAAUAUUUUCCUAUAAUGAUAAGGAGCAUGAGCAGCAUUUGAGGAUUGUGCUCCAAAUUUUAAGGGAGAGAAAGUUAUAA